GAAAGCGCGCGUGCAUUCGUUUCGAUUUUGAUCGAGAAACGGUUUCUUUUUGGUUUUGCAAAAUUCGUGUGUAUUUUUUUGUUGUUUGUCCAGUGAUUUGAUAAGCAUUAUCAGUGCCGUGUGUUAUGAAACAACAACAAAAUGAGUUAAAUCUUCAUUUUUUCUAUUAUAACACAUUUUGUAAUUUACACUUCUUUGCGCGGCGACUGGCAAAAAGGUCAAGCGAAGCAGCUGAACAAAACAAAACAAAAAAAUUUUAACAACAACAAGUGCAGCAUCGUAGAAACAGUAGCAACAACAACAACAACAACUACUUUGUAGGCUACCUGUUGAGCAUAGCGCCGAAGUCGCAAUCGCAGUCGCAGUCGCGGUCGCAGCCAACGUCGCUGUCGCUAAUAGACUGGCUUAAGCUGAAGGUUAAGAGCGAUUUGCAAGUGUCCGUUGCAUGUCGUUAACAGUUGUAUUGUUGUUGUAAUUGUUGUUGUAGCCGCGCAUCAAGUAUAACAGCAACAAAAAUGACAGUGCCGUGCAUUUCGCCGCGUUCAAACCACGGCGAGAGUCGAAUUCAUAUGGCGCCCCACGUCCUGCUCGGCAUCUUUUUCGCCGCGACCGCCGUCUCGUGCUUCAAUCUGGAGCAGAGGCAGCCGCUGAUCAAGUACGGGCAUCCCAACUCGAAUUUCGGCUAUUCGCUGGCCACGCACACUAUCGGCGAAUAUAAUUGGCCCAAUAACACAAAAUGCCUGCUGGUGGGCGCGCCCUUGGACCGGAAUCGACAGCCGAACACGAAUGCAUCGGGCGCCCUGUACAGGUGCCCCAUCUCGACGGACUUCGACGACUGCGAACAGGUCAUCACGGACGGACGAAGAUCAUCUGGCGGAGCUUAUGAACCUACCUACGAUGUCGACGAACUGAUACCGCCAUCUAGCGACGAAAUCAAGGAGGGACAAUGGAUGGGCGUAACUGUACGCUCCCAAGGUCUAGGCGGCAAGGUGCUGGUCUGUGCCCAUCGCUAUGUGACGAUUGUGCGCGAGAAUCGCUAUGGACAAGGUCUGUGCUAUGUCCUGACCAACGAUCUACAGUUCGACGAGGUCUACGAGCCAUGCAAAGGACGCUCCGUGCAAAGGCAACACGAGGAUUAUGGCUUCUGUCAGGUGGGCACCUCGGGCGCCCUGCUGGAUGACAAUACCAUGGUGCUGGGCACGCCGGGCCCGUUCACGUGGCGCGGCGCCAUUUUCGUGACCGAGAUUGGGGGCGAGUAUCUGGAGCGGGACAAGAACAUGUACUACAGCGAUCACUCGGACGCCAGCUCACCGGUGGAUAAGUACAGUUAUCUGGGCAUGGCCGUAACGGGCGGAAGGUACUUCGGUGAGCGAAUGUCCUAUGCGGCGGGUGCGCCCCGUUCGAAUGGCCACGGCCAGGUUGUGAUCUUUGACAAGGCCAAUACGAGUCCGAUACCCGUGCGGCUGAUCAUCGACGGGGAGCAGUUCGCCUCGAGCUUUGGCUAUGAGCUGACCACGGCGGACAUCAAUGGCGAUCAGAAACCGGAUCUGAUUGUCGCCGCGCCCUUCUACUUUGCCAAGAGUGAUGGCGGCGCCGUCUAUGUCUAUCAGAACGCCAAGGAUAUGCUGCCCAAGCAGGCGACGCUGCGUCUGACCGGGGCCCUGGAGAGUCGCUUCGGGCUGGCGCUGGCCAACAUUGGGGAUCUGAACAAGGACAGCUGCGAGGAUCUGGCUGUGGGUGCGCCCUACGAGGGCGACGGCGUCGUCUACGUUUAUCUCGGCUCCAAGCAGGGCCUCAACGAGAAGCCCUCGCAGCGCAUUCAGGCCUCGGAGCUGGGACGCAAUCUGCCCCAGCCCAUACGCACCUUUGGCAUCUCCAUAGCGGGCAACACGGAUCUCGAUGGCAACUCGUAUGUGGACAUGGUCGUGGGCGCUCAGCCUGCCGUUGUUGUUCUGCUGGCCCGACCCAUUAUCAACAUCCAGACGACAUAUCGCAGCAACGAGACACGCAACAUAGAUCCGAAUCGCGCCGGCUGCCGCAUGGAUGUCUCAACGAAUCUGACCUGCUUCACGUUCGAGGCGUGCAGCAGCAUCGAUCCGCACGAGCAGCUAAACAAGGAGCUCAAUCUGAUCUUCACCGCCGAGGCGGAGACCUUCGAGCAUCACAAGAAGUUCUCGCGCGCCUUCUUCGAUCGGGAGAACAAGCGCAGCAACGUGAUCAGUCGACAGGUUCGCGUCCGCACAGAUGGCCGGGUCGAGUGCCAAAUGGUCACCGGGUACAUCAAGGCGAAUACGCGCGACAUCCAGACGCCCAUUCGCUUUCGCCUGGACUACAAGCUGCAGGAGCAACAGCUGGCCGACUCGCCGCUCGAACGGCUCAAUCCCAUUCUGGACCAGACGCAGGCCUACAUCGAGUUCGAGGGCACCUUCCAGAAGGAUUGCGGCGAUGAUGAUCUCUGCGAGAGCGAUCUGCGACUGCAUGCUGAGCCCAAUCUCACGGCCGAGGACGGUCAAUACUCACUGAUCCAGGGCAACAAAACGGAACUGGAGGUCAUGGUGAACGUGAGCAAUCUGGCGGACUCGGCGUACGAGGCACAGCUGUUCAUCGUGCACCAGAAGAGCGUCUCUUACAUAGCGACCAAAAAGCCGACGAACGCGACAUGCAACAGCUUCAACACGACGCUGGUGGCCUGCAGCCUGGGCAAUCCGAUGCUGCGUGGCACCACAACGCAUGUGACAAUCCGUUUCGAUCCGAACAGCCUGGAGCUGGAGGAGUCGCAAAUGGUGUUCCACAUCUUUGCGAACACCACCUCGCAGCUGGUGGGCCAGCAGCCGCCCGAGCGCCGGCUGACCGUGCUGAUGGUGCGUCGGGCGGAGCUGACGGUACGCGGCUGGGUGAAUCCGGAGCAGAGCUUCUACAGCGGCGCGGCCAAGCUGCAGGAUUCGCCCAUGGAGCUGGACGAUGUCGGCUCGCCGCUAAUGCACACCUAUUCGAUCUUCAACGAGGGUCCAUCGGCGGCGCCCAAGGUGCAGCUGGUGAUCUCCUUGCCGCUGAUGCUGGAGAGCGGCCAGGGCCAGGGCGAGGGGCUGGAGCAGGGCGCCAAGGAUCAGUAUCUGCAAUAUUUGGAGGACAAGCCGACCAUCGAGACCGGCCAGGGCGAGUGCACGGUGGCGCCCGAGUACAUCAAUCCGCUGAAGCUCGCCUCCAAGAUGCCCGCCAGCCUGCGCAGCGCCGCCUACCUGAACGCGCCCGCCUCCAUGACCAAGUGGCCCCUGCACCGUCAGGCGUCACCCACGCCAACCAAAUCUCUCAAUCUAAGCCAGACCCAGGGUCAGGCGCAGCACUGGAGCCAGCACAAGUCUGGCCAGGAUUACGGCCGGGCGAAUCGCUUGCCGCGCAACACGCUCGAGCGCAUUGUCCGGCCGGAGCGCUUCAUGGACGGACGCGAGGCCGGCGUCAAGGGCAAGAAGCAGCAAAUUGUGGAGCUCAACUGUGACAAGCUGACGGCGCACUGCAUCAAAAUACACUGUGAGUUCUACGCGAUGCCGGCCAAGACCGAGGCGCAGGUGACACUCAAGGCGCGCCUCUGGAACUCGACGCUGGUCGCCCAAUAUCCUCGAGUGGAUCUUGUCCGCAUCAUAUCCACCGCCCAUGUCAAAAUACCCCAAAACUUUGGUGUCGAGCAGCUCGAGAACAAUGACAAUGUCUUGGUGGAGACACGCGCCUAUCCGGAACUGUUGGACCAGCAGAGGGAGACGCACACGCCGCUGUGGAUCUACAUAUUGGCCGUGCUGGGCGGCCUGCUGCUGCUGGGCGCGUUCACGUACGCGAUGUGGAAGUGCGGAUUCUUUAAGCGCCAACGACCGACAGAUCCAACGCUGAGCGGCAAUCUGGAGAAGAUGAACGAGGAGAAGCCCUUCCUAGGCGCCAAGAGCAGCCAUAAUGUUUUCUAACAAGAGGGCACCGUCGGCUGGGAUCUGGUGCGACGCAUUGCACCCGCCAGGAAGCGCAACAGGCUCCGGCUCAGGCUACGGCUCAGGCAGCUGCUCCUCCUGCACAGCCAGCCCCACUACAAGCAACAACAACAACAACAACAGCUGACUCCGCCAUGCGGCUGCAGCUGGCGCAACAACAACAACAACAACAACAACAACAACAAUGGGCCUGAGGAUGAGUUCGAUGUGUUAUCCCUGACGCCGCCGCCGCCGCCGCUGAGCGUCCUGAGUUGGGGCAGCGACGGCUACUACCAGGCCAGCGCCGCCUGGUGGGGUCACAUGUGAGCAGGAGCAGCAGGAGCAGCAGGGGGCGCGGAGCAUCUCCCGCACUAAACAGAUUCUGGUUGUGGGACUUUCAAUGUGCCAUUUUGUUUACUUAAGUCGCGUCGCCAGCUGGCAAAUCCGAACCAAAUCCGAAUCCAAAUCCGAGUCCAAAUCCGAAUCGGAAUCCAAAUCCGAAUCCACGCCGUAGUCCAAAUCGGAGUCCAAAUCGAAAUUCAAAUCGGAAUCGGAAUCUGAAUCCAAAUCCGAAUCGGAAUCUAA